AUGUCUAUGUUGCGUUCCACUGCAGCUGCGCGUGUGCCGCGCGUGCUGAACUCGCGCGCGCUGUCGACUUCGGCGGCCGUGCUGAGCCACAAGGAAGUGAAGUUCUCGAAUGAAGGUCGUGCUGCGAUUCUGCAGGGUGUGAACCUUCUUGCGAAUGCCGUGAGUGUUACGCUGGGCCCCAAGGGCCGUAACGUGAUUAUCGAGCAGCCGUUUGGUGGCCCGAAGAUCACCAAGGAUGGUGUGACGGUGGCUAAGUCGAUCACGCUCAAGGACAAGUACGAGAACCUCGGUGCUCGUCUCGUGCAGGAUGUGGCGAGCAAGACCAACGAGCUGGCGGGUGACGGUACCACCACCGCCACGGUGCUGGCUCGUGCCAUUUACGCCGAGGGUGUGAAGAACGUCGCGGCUGGCUGCAACCCGAUGGACCUGCGUCGCGGUAGCCAGGCUGCGGUUGACGAGGUCAUCAAGUUCCUGGAGAGCCACAAGCGCGAGGUGACGACCUCGGAGGAGAUUGCGCAGGUGGCUACCAUCUCGGCCAACGGUGACAAGCACGUUGGCUCGCUGAUUGCCACUGCUAUGGAGAAGGUCGGCAAAGAGGGUGUGAUCACCGUCAAGGAGGGCAAGACUCUCGAGGAUGAGAUUGAGAUUACGGAGGGUAUGCGCUUCGACCGUGGCUACAUCUCGCCCUACUUUAUCACGGACGUGAAGACCCAGAAGGUGGAGUUUGAGAAGCCCCUCAUUCUCUUGAGUGAGAAGAAGAUCUCGGCGCUGCAGGACAUUCUUCCGUCGCUCGAGACGGCUGUGCAGGCCCGCCGCCCUCUGCUCAUCAUUGCCGAGGACAUUGACGGUGAGGCCUUGGCUGCGUGCAUUCUCAACAAGCUGCGUGGCCAGCUUCAGGUGUGCGCUGUGAAGGCGCCUGGCUUUGGUGACAACCGCAAGAGCAUUCUGGGCGACUUGGCCAUCCUCACUGGCGGCCAGGUGUUCUCGGAGGAGCUCGACAUUAAGCUGGACCGUGCUACGCCGGACAUGCUCGGUACUACGGGCAGUGUGACGGUGACUAAGGAGGACACGAUCUUCCUGAACGGCGAUGGCAACAAGGAUGCCAUUACUGCUCGCUGCGAGCAGAUCCGCUCGAUGAUGAACGACCCGAGCACCUCGGAGUACGACCGCACCAAGCUGCAGGAGCGUCUGGCGAAGCUCAGCGGUGGUGUGGCUGUGAUUCGCGUGGGUGGCUCGUCGGAGGUUGAGGUCGGCGAGAAGAAGGACCGCUACGAUGAUGCCCUGUGCGCUACUCGUGCCGCUGUGGAGGAGGGUAUUGUGCCUGGUGGUGGUGUGGCUCUGCUCAAGGCCAGCAAGGCGCUCGACUCCAUCAAGACUGCCAACUUUGACCAGCAGCUCGGUGUCUCGAUCAUCAAGAAUGCGCUUACGCGCCCUGCUCGCCAGAUCGUGGAGAACGCUGGUGAGGAGGGUUCGGUCGUGGUCGGCAAGCUCCUGGAGAACCCUGGCGAGUUUGGCUUUGGUUACGACGCGAGCGUUGGCGAGUACAAGGACCUGAUUGUGGCUGGUGUGCUGGACCCGCUUAAGGUGGUGCGCACGGCCCUGCAGGACGCUGCUGGUGUGGCCUCGCUGCUGACGACUUCGGAGUGCUGCAUUGUGGAUGCGCCGGAGGAGAAGCCUGCGCCGCCGAUGGGUGGUGGCAUGGGCGGCAUGGGCGGCAUGGGUGGUAUGGGUGGUAUGGGCUUCUAA